AAAUAAAUGAAGACUAGGUUGCGGUUGGUGUCGUGAAGAAUAAUAAUUGGUCCGUUGCCUUGAGUCGUCGAUCGUUUCCUCAGUCUCCAGUAUAUAAACGAAAACAUUCACAGCCAUUGAGGUAACCCUAGACAUUGUGUGAAGAAUAAUAAUUGAAGAUGAAGAUGCAGAUGACGCUGUUAAUGGUAAUGGUGGUCUCUCUUCUAGUUGCAGUCGUGCAUGGGCAGCAGAGCUACUUGGAAAACAACCAGCUCGACUGCGACAACGACUCCAACAUCACCGCCGGCUACAUCUGCAACGGCGCCGCUCCCUCAUGCGCCUCCUACGUCACUUUCCUCUCCAUCAGCCACUACAACACCCCCACCUCAAUCGCCUCCCUCCUCGGCUCCACCCCCUCCGACAUCGCCGCCGCCAACAACAUCUCCGAUGUCGACCCCAUCCCCACCGACACCUCCGUCCUUGUCCCCCUCAACUGCUCCUGCUCCGGCCCCUACUCCCAGCACAACGUCUCCUACACCCUGAAGCCCGACGACACCUACUUCGUCAUCGCCAACAACACCUACCAGGGACUCACGACCUGUCAGGCCCUCAGGCAUCAGAACCCCUACGACCCUCUGAACCUCGAGGGCGGCCUUGUCAUAGAGGUGCCGAUCAGGUGUGCUUGCCCCACCGCCAAACAGACCGCUGCCGGGAUCAAGUACCUGCUGGCCUACCUCAUCGACUUGGAAGACGAUCUCGACAAAAUCGCCAUACGCUUCGCCGUAGAUGUACCCACUUUGCUCGAAGCAAACAACUUUAAGACCUCCGACGACAUCAUCUAUCCCUACCAAGCUGUUCUAGUUCCUCUCACAACCAAACCUUCUCCUCUUCAACUGAAGUAUCCAAGCUCUCCUCCACCUCCGCCUUCUCCUCCUCCUCCUCUGCCGCCGUCAUCACCAGCGCCUCCCUCACCACCAAGUGGGUCUUCCAACAAGAAGUGGGUCUUCAUCGGCGUUGGCGUCGGAGCUGGCUGUCUCCUCCUACUUAUAUCUAUCCUCGCCUUCCUCUUCUUGUCAAAACGACGACGCCGUCAGCACCGGCGCCACUCUCCCAACCACAAAUUAAAGAGCUCCGGUAAUAACACGCAGAACUCGCUACCCACCACCACCACCACCACCUCCAACGACACAACAACAUCGUGGUCGCCAAUAUCCACCAACGGGCUUAAAAACGCAGUGGAGUCUUUGACAGCUUACAAGUUCGAAGACCUGCAGAACGCCACUCAAUUCUUCAACGAAGCCAACAGAAUCGCCGGCUCCUCUGUCUUCAGAGCUACCUUUGACGGUGAAGAUGCUGCCGUCAAGGUGAUGACAUGCAACUUGUCCCUCUCCGCCGACGAGAUCAACAUAUUAAAGCGGAUCAACCACUCCAACAUUAUCAGUCUCUCAGGAUUCUGUGUCCACAAAGGAAACACAUACCUCGUUUACGAGUUUGCUCCUUCUGGCUCACUCAUUGAUUGUCUUGGGUUGAAGGGCAACAUUACUCCUCUGUCAUGGAAGCAGAGAGUUCACAUUGCUAAUGACGUGGCCAAUGCGCUCAACUAUCUACACAACUUCACACACCCUCCAUUAAUCCACAAGAACCUGAACACCAGCAACAUUCUCCUGGAUGCAAACUUGAGAGCCAAAGUUGCCAAUUUCGGUCUGGCAAGAGCUGUGGAUUUGGGGAAGGAAGUCGAAGAUGGAGGACAGGGAUUUCAACUGACGAGACAUGUGGUGGGUACACGGGGCUACAUGGCGCCGGAGUACAUGGAAGACGGGGUGAUUACUCCGAAACUGGAUGUGUUUGCAUUUGGGGUUGUGUUGUUGGAGCUAUUGUCCGGAAGACCAGCCUCAGGUGAUGAAGAAUACACGUUGCUCUAUUCAUCCAUUAGUGGGGUGCUUGAAGGAGAUCAUGUGGGGGACAAAAUUAAAGGGUUUAUGGAUCCUUCUCUGAGGCGCCAGUAUCCUUUGGAGCUGGCGUUUUCAAUGGCUCAGCUCGCUAAGAGCUGCGUUGCGCCUCAGAUCAACUCACGACCCACCAUGGCUCAAGCUUCUGGUACUCUAUCUAAGAUUCUUUCGUCAACUCUCGACUGGGAUUCAUCUAAAGCUGUGGAUCUUGAACAUUCAAGGUCCUGAGUCAUGGCAGAUAGACACUACUAUUCAUACCCAGUAUUGUAAAAUUUAUACCGUCAUGUAUGCUUUUAUUGGUAUACCUUAUUCUAACAAUAAGAGAAACCCUCGUAAUUAUUUUCUCUAGAUACUGGGAUUAACAUAAAUCGGUAAUUCCCUAUUUAAAAGACAA